AUGCAUCGCCGCUUCAAGUACGCGUGGGCCAUUGCUGUCUUGGUGGUGCUUCCGGACAUUGUCAUCAGCGCCUCAGCCCCUUCUGGCUGCACCGGAAGCGACGACGGCUGGUUCUCGUGCGACUACGCGGGAAUGACCCAGGCGGCGGACCGUCCGAUCGACUUCGCGGAUUUCUCGCCUGCGCCCCUUGCUCUCAACGUGUACGUGAAUGGUCUCCUGCCGCCCAUAGGGGACUCGCAGAUGUUCAGCCCCACGUUUUCGACGCUGGACCCCGCCUCUCUGGACCCUAAUUACCACGCGUCCUUGACCCUUGACUGCGGACAAUUCGGAAGUAUCGUCAUGUACGCCGGCGUGUUCGCCAACAUGAGUUACAUCGAAAAGUUAAAGGUGCGCAACUGUAUGACGUAUGUGGUGCCUGCCAACGUCUUCCAGGAGUUCUCUUCCGUCGACAUGUUCUCCUUAGAGGGAGGCGCCAUUGACGAGGUAGAUCCCAACGCCAUGGCGGGACUCGAGGUGAAGCCGCUUAGGGCCGGAACUCACCGGCCCCCGCGCCCUCAAGGCCGAUUCAAGCUGCUGUACACGCGCUUCCUGGCGCAGGCCAUGCCACCGGGCUUCCUGUUUAACUGGAAGGACCUGCAACACGUUAGCCUUGUGGGUGCGGACCUUAAGAGCAUCAAUGGCGACUUGUUCACGUUCAACAUCCGGCUGAAGACCAUCGACAUCAGCGACAACCACUUCGCGAGCAUCCCGGAAGUCCUGUUCGAUGGUCUGGAAUCCCUGGCGGAAGUGCGCAUGGCCAACAUCCCAUGGGAGUGCACAUGCGACAAUGCAUGGUUCGUCGCCGGGGCCUUGGAGAAGAACAUCAGCCUCCGAGGAGACUUCCAGUGCGCCGACCAAGAGAUGACUGUUGCAAAGUACUAUUACACGAACUGUGUGGAGGUGGACAUGUGCAAAGGAACAAUAGGUAUUGCGCUACUGGAGAAAUGUUUCACGAUGAUAACGCUGCUCGUGUACGGCCUGGCGCUCGUGUCUCUCGUACUGUGUGCGGUCAGUCUCGGCCUUAUCAUCUGUACGCUCAAGGCGCGUUCUGGAACUGGUCAAGUGCGAUCCAGGGUCCGCAAAGGAAACAAGGUCGUCGACUUGAAAGUAAAGAGUAAAUCGAAAUAA